AUGAAGUUAUCUAGAACUAUUGCGCUUUCAAUUUUAACUACACUCGGGGUCCAAGGUUUGGUUGUUCCCUUUGUAGGAGACGUUAUUGACGUUUUUGGCACUGCAGUGGAGAAAUAUCAUAAAAUUGCUGAUGAUAAAUUAGAUGCUAUUAAAGAUGCUUCAACUCAAGCUGCUCAACAUUUGGGCAUUGAUUUGAACCACAAGGUGUUGGCACCAAUCGUCAAUAUUGAUUCAACAAGAGAUAUCAUCCCCCACAAGUACAUUGUCGUUUUCAAACAGGGAAUCUCAGCUAAUGAAGCCUCUUUCCAUCAAGAAUGGGUUGCUUUGACUCAUGCUAACUCCUUGGGCCAGUUGCAACUCGCAGAGAAUCAAGAGUUGAAGGAUUCGUUUUUAGCAUCUACAUCUGAUUUCCAAGUCGAAGGUGGUAUUAUUGAUAGUUUCAACAUUAACGACUUGUUGAGUGGUUACUCGGGAUAUUUUUUGGACUCUACAAUCGAAUUAAUUCGUGCUAAUCCAUUGGUUGAAUUUGUUGAAAAGGAUUCAAUGGUUUAUGCUAAUGAAUUCAAUAUCGAAAAAGGAGCACCAUGGGGUUUAGCAAGAGUUUCGCAUAGACAACCAUUAUCGUUGUCAUCGUUUGAUCAGUAUUUGUAUGAUUCAGAAGGUGGUGAUGGUGUUACCGCUUAUGUCAUCGAUACUGGUGUCAAUAUCAAACACGUUGAGUUUGCAGGCAGAGCCAAAUGGGGUAAAACCAUCCCUUAUGGCGAUGCAGAUGAAGAUGGAAAUGGACACGGUACUCACUGUGCCGGUACUAUUGGAUCUGACGAUUAUGGUGUUGCUAAAAAGGCCGAAAUCGUUGCUGUUAAAGUGUUGAGAUCAAAUGGUUCUGGUUCAAUGUCUGAUGUUGUUAAAGGUGUUGAAUAUGCUGCGAAAUCUCACCAAGAUGCCGUAAAGGCACAAAAGAAGGGAUUCAAGGGCUCUACCGCCAAUAUGUCUCUUGGUGGUGGCAAAUCGCCUGCUUUGGAUUUGGCAGUCAAUGCAGCAGUCAAAGCAGGCUUACAUUUUGCCGUUGCCGCAGGUAACGAGAACCAAGAUGCUUGUAAUACAUCCCCAGCAAGUGCCGAAAAUGCCAUAACUGUUGGUGCUUCUACCAUCUCCGAUGCCAGAGCUUACUUUUCAAACUAUGGUAAAUGUGUUGAUAUUUUUGCACCAGGGUUGAAUAUCUUGUCUACUUAUAUUGGUUCAGAUUCUGCUACUGCUUAUUUAUCGGGUACCUCGAUGGCCUCACCACAUGUUUGUGGUUUAUUAUCCUACUACCUUUCCUUACAACCAGAAGCAGAAUCAGAGUUUUUCGUUGCUAGUGACGGUGUUACUCCAGCUCAAUUGAAGAAGAAUUUGAUUGCUUUUGGUACAAAUGACAUUUUGGCUGAUAUUCCUGAAGAUACUCCAAACAUUUUAGCAUUCAAUGGUGCAGGUCACAAUUUGACUGAGUUUUGGCACCUGAAAUAA